AUGGCGCCGACGAGUGUUCCACCGCCCCUCGAGGGCAAGAAGCGCAGAAUUGGAGUCAUGACUUCCGGAGGAGACGCCCCAGGCAUGAACGGCAGCGUACGGGCCGUGGUCCGCAUGGCCAUCCACAACAAUUGCGAGGCCUACGCAAUCUACGAAGGCUACGACGGCCUGGUCAAGGGCGGAGACAUGAUCAAGGAGAUGAAGUGGGAAGAUGUUCGAGGCUUUCUUUCCGAGGGCGGCACGCUCAUCGGCACGGCGCGCUGCAAGGAGUUCAUGGAGCGCGACGGACGGAGGACCGCAGCCAAGAACAUGAUUCUGAAGGGCAUAGAUGCUCUAGUCAUUUGCGGUGGUGACGGCAGUUUGACCGGAGCAGACAAGUUUAGAGCAGAGUGGCCGAGCCUGCUGGAAGAGCUGGUAGAGAAGAAGGAGCUCAAACCCGAGCAGGUGGCCCCGUUCAAGCACCUAAACAUUGUCGGACUCGUCGGCUCCAUAGACAACGACCUCAGCAUGACAGACGCCACCAUCGGAUGCUACAGCUCUCUCGCCAGAAUUUGCGAAGCCAUUGACUCCGUGGACACCACCGCUACGAGCCACCAGCGUGCUUUCGUCGUGGAGACCAUGGGAAGGCACUGCGGUUGGCUCACGCUCAUGGCUGGCGUAGCAACCGGAAGCGACUUCAUCUUCAUCCCAGAGAAGCCCGCCGAACCAGGGUGGCAAGAGAACAUGCUCACUAUCGUCAAGAAGCAUCGCGCCAUGGGCAAGCGGAAAACCAUCGUCAUCGUCGCUGAGGGUGCCAUCGACACCGAGCUCAACAAGGUUACCCCUCAACAGAUCAAAGACAUCCUUUCGGGCGCAGGUUUGGAUACGAGGAUCACAACGCUUGGGCACGUACAGAGAGGAGGGCAGCCUGCGGCGUAUGACAGGAUGCUGUCCACGCUUCAAGGUGUCGAGGCCGUCAAGGCCGUUCUGGAAGCGACUCCCGAGACGCCCUCACCAGUUAUCUGUAUGAUCGAGAACAAAAUCGUGCGCCGACCGCUCCUUGAAGCAGUUGCACAGACGAAGGAGGUUGCCAAAGCAAUCGAAGACAAGGACUUUGACAAGGCUAUGCGCCUGCGAGAUGCAGAGUUCGCUGAAUACUUCAGGUCAUAUCAGAUCACCACAGCGGCGGAUCAGCCUGAGCUCCUGCUGCCCGAGAAAGAGCGAAUGCGGAUCGGAAUUAUCCACGUAGGAGCGCCGGCCGGCGGUAUGAACGCUGCGACGCGUGCUGCCGUUGCCUAUUGCUUGGCGAGAGGACAUACUCCGAUCGCACUCCACAACGGUUUCCCCGGUCUCAUCCGACACCACUCCGACGAGCCCCUCGGAGCGGUGCGAGAGAUUAAGUGGAUCGACGCUGAAGGCUGGGCCAACAAGGGUGGUUCAGAAAUCGGUACGAACCGUGGUCUUCCAAGCGAGGAUCUCGAGACAGUAGCCUUCGUCUUCAAGAAGUACAGCAUCCAGGCCCUCUUCGUGGUCGGAGGUUUCGAGGCGUUCACAGCAGUUAGUGAACUGCGCAGGGGACGCGAGCAUUACAAGGCUUUCAAAAUUCCCAUGGUUAUCCUCCCGGCAACCAUCUCGAACAAUGUCCCAGGAACUGAGUACUCCAUCGGAUCCGAUACGUGCUUGAACGCGCUGAUCCAAUACUGUGACGCCUGCCGACAGUCCGCUUCGGCUUCCAGGAGGAGAGUCUUUGUUAUCGAGACCCAGGGCGGAGAGUCUGGCUAUAUCGCUACGAUCGCCGGAUUGUCCAUUGGCGCCCUUGCCGUCUACACACCGGAAGAUGGUAUCAGCCUUAAGAUGCUAGACCACGACAUCGACCACCUCCGCGAUGUCUUCCUUCUAGACAAGGGCCAAAACCGUGCCGGAAAGAUCAUCCUCGUCAACGAGAAGGCAUCAAAGACAUACAGCGUGCAGAUCAUCGCAGAUAUGAUCGCCGAGGCUGGCAAGGGCAAGUUUGAGUCCCGACAUGGUGUUCCGGGCCAUUUCCAGCAGGGCACGACACCUUCUCCGAUGGACCGCGUCCGCGCCGUCCGUUUCGCCUUCCGCUCGAUGGAGCACCUCGAAUCCUUCGCCGGCAAAUCGCGCGACGAAAUCGAGGACGAUCCCAUGAGCACGUCUGUAAUCGGUAUCAAGGGCGCUAAAGUCUUGUUCUCGCCCAUGGAGACCAUCGAGAAGAAGGAGACGGACUGGCACCGUCGCCGGCCAAAGCAUGAGUUCUGGAUGAACCUCAAGGAGAUUGUGGAUAUUCUAAGCGGACGGCCAGGGUCGCCAAACGUAAGGCCGGGAAUCGAGACGCCGGCCGGCAAGCCCAAGCAGGGCACUCCGAUAAGGAUGGCGGAGUAG